CCUCACAAAUGAGCAAAGACUUCCCUCGAGGCAUCUAGAGAUCGCUCUUCUGGGGUGAAUAUGGAACCACGGAGGAUGGAGUCCUUAGACAGGAGAAGAACCAUCUCUGAGCAAGAGGAGGGCUUUGGAGUGGAGGCCAGGAUGACCACCGAUCUGGGCAUGGUCCCCAAUCUCCGGCGAAGCAAUAGCAGCCUUUUCAAGAGCAGGAGACUUCUGUGCCCCUUCAUUGAGAAGCAAGAAAACCUCAGCUCGUGGAUCCCUGAAAACAUCAAGAAGAAGGCGUGUGUGUAUUUCGUGGAAAGUUCCAAACUCUCUGAUGCAGGGAAGGUGGUGUGUGAAUGUGGUUACACCCGUGAACAGCACGAGGAAGUGGCCAUCAAGCCUCACGCCUUUCAGGGCAAGGAAUGGGACCCGAAGAAGCAUGUCCACGAGAUGCCUACAGAUGCCUUUGGCGACAUCGUUUUCACAGGCCUGAGCCAGAAAGUGGGGAAGUAUGUCCGGGUCUCCCAGGACACGCCCUCCAGUGUCAUCUACCAACUCAUGACCCAGCACUGGGGCCUGGAUGUCCCCAACCUCCUCAUCUCAGUGACUGGUGGGGCCAAGAACUUUAAAAUGAGGCUGAGGCUGAAGAGCAUCUUCCGGAGGGGCCUGGUCAAGGUGGCCCAAACCACAGGGGCCUGGAUCAUCACUGGGGGGUCCCACACUGGUGUGAUGAAGCAGGUGGGUGAGGCGGUACGGGACUUCAGCCUGAGCAGCAGUUGCAAAGAAGGAGACGUCAUCACCAUUGGUGUAGCCACAUGGGGCACCAUCCACAACCGAGAGGGGCUGAUCAAUUCCAAGGGAGGUUUCCCCGCUGAGUACAUGCUGGAUGAGGAAGGCCAAGGAAAUCUGACCUGCCUAGACAGCAACCACUCCCACUUCAUCCUGGUGGAUGACGGGACCCAUGGCCAGUAUGGUGUGGAGAUCCCCCUGAGGACAAAGCUGGAGAAGUUCAUAUCAGAGCAAACAAAGGAAAGAGGAGGUGUGGCCAUCAAGAUCCCCAUUGUUUGCGUGGUGUUGGAGGGCGGCCCUGGAACCCUGCAUACCAUCUACAACGCCAUCACCAAUGGCACGCCCUGUGUGAUAGUGGAGGGCUCCGGCCGAGUGGCUGACGUCAUUGCCCAGGUGGCUGCUCUGCCUGUCUCUGAGAUCACUAUCUCCCUGAUACAGCAGAAGCUCAGCAUCUUCUUCCAGGAGAUGUUUGAGACUUUCACUGAAAGCAGGAUCGUGGAAUGGACCAAAAAGAUCCAAGAUAUUGUGCGGAGGCGGCAGCUGCUGACGGUCUUCCGGGAAGGCAAGGACGGGCAGCAGGAUGUGGAUGUGGCCAUUCUGCAGGCUUUACUGAAAGCCUCUCGAAGCCAAGACCACUCUGGCCAUGAGAACUGGGACCAUCAACUGAAGCUGGCCGUGGCGUGGAACCGUGUGGACAUUGCUCGCAGUGAGAUCUUCACUGAUGAGUGGCAGUGGAAGCCUGCAGAUCUGCACCCCAUGAUGACAGCUGCCCUCAUCUCCAACAAGCCUGAGUUCGUGAGGCUCUUUCUGGAGAAUGGUGUGCGGCUGAAGGAGUUUGUCACUUGGGAUGUUCUGCUCUGCCUGUACGAGAACCUGGAGCCAUCCUGCGUCUUCCACAGCAAGCUGCAGAAGGUGCUGGCGGAAGAGCACGAGCGCCUGACCUGUACGUCCACUGCAUCCCGGCUGCACAUGCACCACGUGGCCCAGGUGCUGCGUGAGCUCCUGGGGGACUCCACACAGCUGCUGUACCCCCGGCCCCGGUACAGUGACCGGCCACGGCUCUCGCCCAUGUCACAUAUCAAGCUCAACGUACAGGGGAUGAGCCUCCGGUCCCUCUAUAAGCGAUCAACAGACCAUGUUACCUUCACCAUUGACCCAAUCCGCGACCUUCUCAUUUGGGCCAUCAUCCAGAACCGCCGGGAGCUGGCGGGCAUCAUCUGGGCUCAGAGCCAGGACUGUAUUGCUGCAGCACUGGCCUGCAGCAAGAUCCUGAAGGAGCUGUCCAAGGAGGAGGAAGAUACAGACAGCUUGGAGGAGAUGCUGGCACUGGCGGAUGAGUUUGAGCACAGAGCUAUAGGCGUCUUCACUGAGUGCUACCGGAAGGAUGAGGAGAGAGCGCAGAAGCUUCUUGUCCGUGUGUCAGAGGCCUGGGGGAAGGCCACCUGCCUGCAGCUGGCCCUAGAUGCCAAGGACAUGAAAUUCAUGUCUCAUGGAGGCAUCCAGGCCUUCCUGACCAAGGUAUGGUGGGGCCAGCUCUGUGUGGACAACAGCCUGUGGCAGAUCAUCCUGUGCAUGCUGGCCUUCCCACUGCUCUUCACCGGCCUCAUCUCCUUCAGGGAGAAGAGGCUACAGGCCCUGUGCCGCCCAGCCCGCGUCCGUGCCUUCUUCAACGCACCUGUGGUCAUCUUCCACCUGAAUAUCCUGUCCUACUUUGCCUUUCUCUGCUUGUUUGCCUACGUGCUCAUGGUGGACUUCCAGCCCUCACCGUCCUGGUGCGAGUACCUCAUCUACCUGUGGCUGUUCUCCCUGGUGUGCGAGGAGACACGGCAGCUCUUCUAUGAUCCCGAUGGGUGUGGGCUGAAGAAGGUGGCGUCCCUGUACUUCAGUGACUUCUGGAACAAGCUGGAUAUUGGUGCCAUUCUGCUCUUCAUAGCAGGACUGACCUGCCGGCUCUUCCCAGUGACCCUGUAUCCCGGGCGCAUCAUCCUGUCUUUGGAUUUCAUCAUGUUCUGCCUCCGCCUUAUGCACAUUUUCACCAUCAGCAAGACGCUGGGGCCCAAGAUAAUCAUUGUGAAGCGAAUGAUGAAGGACGUCUUCUUCUUCCUCUUUCUCCUGGCGGUAUGGGUUGUGUCCUUCGGAGUGGCCAAGCAGGCCAUCCUCAUCCACAACGAGAGCCGGGUGGACUGGAUCUUCCGUGGGGUCGUCUACCACUCUUACCUCACCAUCUUUGGGCAGAUCCCAACCUACAUUGAUGGUGUGAAUUUCAGUAUGGACCAGUGCAGCCCUAAUGGCACAGACCCCUACAAGCCCAAGUGUCCCGAGAGUGACUGGACAGGACAGACACCCGCCUUCCCUGAGUGGCUGACGGUCACCUUGCUCUGCCUCUAUCUGCUCUUUGCCAACAUCCUGCUGCUCAACCUGCUCAUUGCCAUGUUCAACUACACGUUCCAGGAAGUGCAGGAACACACAGACCAGAUCUGGAAGUUCCAGCGCCACGACCUGAUUGAGGAGUACCAUGGCCGGCCCCCGGCCCCUCCCCCCUUCAUCCUCCUCAGCCACCUGCAGCUCCUGAUCAAGAGGAUUGUCCUGAAGAUCCCUGCCAAGAGGCACAAGCAGCUCAAGAACAAACUGGAGAAGAAUGAGGAGGCAGCCCUCCUGUCCUGGGAGCUCUACCUGAAGGAGAACUACCUGCAGAACCAGCAGUACCAGCACAAACAGCGGGCAGAACAGAAGAUCCAGGACAUCAGUGAGAAAGUGGACACCAUGGUGGAUCUGCUGGACAUGGACCGUGUGAAGAGGUCGGGCUCCACGGAGCAGAGGCUGGUCUCCCUGGAGGAACAGGUAGCUCAGACGACCAGAGCUUUGCACUGGAUCAUGACAACCCUGAAGGACGGUGGCUUUGGCUCAGAGGCAGGUGUGCUGACCCUGGCAUCCCAAAGGGCCUUCGAUGAGCCAGAUGCUGAACCGAGCAGCAAGAGGAAAGUAGAGGAGCCAGGAGACGGCUACCACGUGAACGCCCGGCACCUCCUGUACCCCGAUGCUCUCAUCAUGCGCUUCCCUGUGCCCAACGAGAAGGUGCCCUGGGAGGCAGAGUUUCUAAUCUACGACCCCCCAUUUUACACAGCUGAGAAGAAGGAUGUGGCCCUCACAGACCCUGUGGGAGACAUGGCAGAACCUCUGUCUAGGAUCAGUUACAAUGUUGUGGAUGGACCAACGGACCGUUGCAGCUUCCAUGGACGCUAUGUGGUCCAGAAUGGGCUCCCUUUGAACCCCAUGGGCCGUACAGGAUUGCGUGGACGUGGGAGCCUCAGCUGGUUUGGACCCAACCACACACUACAGCCAGUGGUUACUCGGUGGAAGAGGAACCAGGGUGGAGCCAUCUGCCGCAAGAGUGUCAGGAAGAUGCUGGAGGUGCUGGUGGUAAAGCUGCCUCACUCUGAGUACUGGGCCUUGCCAGGGGGAUCUCGGGAGCCAGGGCAGACGCUACCACGGAAGCUGAAACUGGUCCUCCGAGACGAGUUCUGGAAGCCCUUCGAGACCUUGCUGGAGCAAGGAACAGAGGUGUACAAAGGGUAUGUGGAUGACCCAAGGAACACAGACAAUGCCUGGAUUGAGACGGUGGUCGUCAGCAUCCAUUUCCAGGGCCAGAAUGAUGUGGAGCUGAAGAGGUUGGAAGAGAACCUGCACACCCACGGUGACCUACAGAUGUCUACUGAAUGGCAGGUGGUGGAUAGGCGCAUCCCCCUGUAUUCAAACCACAAGACUAUCCUCCAAAAGGUGGCCUUGCUGUUUGGAGCUCACUUCUGACUGUGGGUUCUGGUGGAAUCUCCAGGGGUAUGAGUGACCAAUGCCCCCCAAUACUUGGACUGCUUUAUCUUGGUCUGGCUGGCAGGUUGGGGUGCUGGGGUGGGUGACCACAGGGAUCUUAACAAGGCCCCAGAGGUGCUGUCCCGAAAGCCAUCUCUGCUACGACAGGAGGAUACACAACAUGAGGACAGAAGUGUGUUCAGUGGCUCCGGGUGCCUAUGUCCUCAGGUGCCAUACCUUGACUUGGGCUCUAUGGGGCCUUGUCCAGCAAGAUGCUGCCACUACCCAUAAACCUCUGGGGCAGAUACUAUGCCCUGGAGGGACCUCUGUCUUCAUGGUGGGAGCCUUCUGUCGUAGACAGAAGGUAGGUAGAGGCUGGGCCUCCUUCAGGAGAAGACAGGGUCCUCAUGACUCCUGGCCAGUGCUGGGUCACAUGCAGGCACUGGGGAAGACAGUGAGGGCUUUGAGUUGGAUGACUGUCAUUUUUAGACCUUGGAAGCACUCUUUCGAAAGUGCUCAAGCUGGCAUACCCUAGCUUCAGCUGACCUGCUGGUUACAGAAAGUACUAGAUGAUGACAACGCAUCAUUGAGAAUGAUAAGCUUUCUCUGACAGGGUGGCCUAUGACUCAGGGAUUUGUACUGGCUACAAGAUUAAUUAACUCUGCAGCUUGGCUUAGGGGCGGGCAAUACUGGGGCUUGAUGGGAUGGGACAAUAAAGGACUGGUAUGUGUUGUUUUU